GUACGUUUGUCAGUUCGGAAGCUCCUUCAAGUUUACCAAGGAGUUACCGGGAACGGCCUCGUCAACGUUGCCGUAAACAGCGUCAGAGAACGACCACCGUCUCGGUGAAAUCCACGCUGUCUUUCAUCCUGUUCUUCGACCAGCCCUCGGACGCCAGAAGUUUAAAUCUCCCCGGGGUAUUACUACGGCAGCUGAAGAUGGGGACACUAGGCCCGUAUAACGUCACCACGCAGGCCUUUAUCUACCAACAAGUUCAACCCAGCAAAGAUGGUGGUUUCUUUGGAUCCAAAGCCGUCAUCCAGUACAUGACCAUCACGGCGGCCGCUCUGUUGUUAUUGUUCAGUAUGGUUUUCCUAGCGUGUGCCUGGCUAACCAAGAGAAGAAAUCAAGCCGAGCAGGCAAAGAAAUCUCAGUCAGUUGAAAUAGUUUCAGAUCCGGUCGGUGAGGGUCACCAAGGCGGUCUCUAUGAAGACCUACGAGAAGAGCCGGGCGCCGUAAGUGUCUCCCUCGCUGCAGACCAUCUCCCGACUCCACCACCGAGACCCAAAUUGCAGCCUUCCCCAAGGCCGCCUGCUAGAGAGGCUACUUUACCCAUCCAACACGCAAGACGGCUGUCUCACGAGCCUAUUACACGAUGCUCCAUAGAGGAAACAGAAUACAUUAACUCUCCCCCUCCUGCUAACAUUAAUUCGAGAGCCGAGAAGGGGUAUGCUUUACGGGGUAAAGGGCAGAACUUCUACGAAGGAAGAAUUGAGGAGUCUCUUAAACAGUGUUCCUGCGACGAAGCAGAUAAUAAUCAUUCUCUUCCCAUCACAGAAAAUGAAUAUGUUCCGAUGACAGGGAGUAUCAAAACUAAAAAAAUAAACAAAAAUGAGAAGGAUCAUGUUGAGUAUAUCAUCAUGAAAGACGACUGCGGCAAAAUCGAAGCAAGCGAUCGGGGGCCCAAGCUGAAGGCGAAACAAAACGACAGUAAUGAAAAUAUAUACAUAAAUAACAACCCUCCCCAGGAGAACGCGUACUUAGAAUUAAUCGAACAGGAAUCUAAUAAUAAUUUCUUCCAAUUUCCAAGACCGGGAAGUCGUCUGCAUGCUAGUAUGGUGGAGUCAUUCGAGAAAACCGCAAUGAUGAAAAGCCCAAGGUCAAGGUUACCCGCGAGCGCAAGGUCAUCGUCAAAGUCACCACCCAGGUCAAGGUCAUCUGUGAUGUCAUCAAAUGGGGGUUAUCACAAAGAGUUAAUGUCAGAAGAGAUUCCAGGCGUUGCAAAUCUUUGCAAGGUUGACUAUAACAGGGGGAAUGGGACCCCUCAUCCUAAACAAAACAACAUCAUUAAAGCCUGCACGCUACCAAGUAAGCUCAUGAAAAAGGAAGUCCAAAACACACCCAACGCCAAAUCUCAAAAUAUUAAACUGAAGUGUGCACAGCAUUCUAAAGCUCCCUCUGAUUCCAGUGUGGUUCACUUAUGGCGAACUCCACACAAUGAAGUCAUACAGACAACACCUUCAACAAAACGUUACUGCAGACAGAAGAAAACUGACUCUCUUUGUCCACCGCCUGAUGACUA